GCCCAUGAAAGAAGCAAAGGUGUCCGUCAGUUGAACGCCGCCAUUUUCGUGGUGUGUAAACGUUCUGUUGAUUUCAGAAAGAAACAGUUGUGUGACGUUGUGCGCACAACCAUUCCGAGGUAUUAUACGUCCUCGGCAAGUUCUACAGCAUGAAUCAAUCACGGAAUUUUACAUCGUUAUUGAAUCCAAGUUAUCUGCAAAACGCGCAACAAAAUGCUGCUACUGCAAACGCGGCUGCCGCUGCAGCUGCAGCAGCUGCCGCGGUGAGUGCCGCGAUUGCAAAUGGAACGCAGCUUAACUCCAAUUCCAAUCCUACAACAAAUAACACGAGGAAACGCGAAGCGGAAAGCGAUGGUAAACAGGAAAAAGAGACGAAAGAGGAACGUAGGAAGAGGAGGAAAACUAGAUGGAGCGGUAGUGAACAUGACAAAACUUUUAUACCAGGCAUGCCUACGGUUCUACCAACAAACCUGACUCCUGAACAGGAGAAGGCUUACCUCUUUCAGCUGCAGAUUGAGGAAAUCAGCAGGAAGCUACGCACUGGAGAUCUUGGAAUUCCACUUAACCCUGAGGAAAGAUCUCCAUCGCCAGAACCCAUAUACAGUAGUGAUGGUAAACGGUUGAAUACAAGAGAAUACCGUACUAGACGUAAAUUGGAAGAAGAACGUCAUAAUCUCAUUCAGAAGAUUCUCAAAAUUAAUCCAGAGUUUAAACCUCCACCAGAUUAUAAGCCGCCAAUAAUACGUGUUCAUGAUAAAGUAAUGAUCCCCCAAGAAGAACAUCCAGAUAUUAACUUUGUUGGUCUCUUGAUUGGUCCACGUGGAAAUACGUUAAAAUCAAUGGAGAAGGAAACUGGAGCAAAGAUAAUAAUCCGCGGCAAAGGUUCUGUAAAAGAAGGAAAAGUUGGAAGGAAAGAUGGACAACCUUUGCCUGGUGAAGAUGAACCUUUACAUGCAUACAUUACUGCUAACAAUCUGGAUGCUGUAAAAAAAGCUGUUGAAAGAAUUCACGAAAUAAUACGACAAGGUGUUGAAGUACCUGAAGGACAAAAUGACUUACGACGUAAUCAACUUAGAGAAUUGGCUUUAUUGAAUGGAACAUUGCGUGAAAAUGAUGGACCACGUUGUACUAACUGUGGUGCGUCUGAUCACAAAUCAUGGCUGUGUCCAGAUAAACCUAACGUAACAAAUAACAUAGUAUGCUCGAGCUGUGGUGGUGCAGGUCACAUUGCACGUGAUUGUAGAUCUAAAAGACCGGGGCAAGGUGGACCAGCUGCAGCAGGCAUGGGUGGAAUGGGUCCAGGUGGAGAUAAAGCUAAAAUAGAUGAAGAAUAUAUGUCUCUUAUGGCAGAAUUGGGUGAAGGUCCGCCGCCUGAUCGAUCCAAAAGUGGGCAACCACGUCAACCAAAUCCAAAUCCUAACUAUCCUGGUCUUUUCGAUAGGCAACAAGCACCUCGUGCUUUAAUGGCUGCACCAGCACAUCCGCCACCGCAAAUGAUGCAAGGCGGUCCAAUGAUGCCGCCACCAGGAAUGGCACCACCACCUUGGAGUCAAGGAGAAGUAAAUAACAUGAAUGGUAUGAACAUGCAAUGGCAACCCCCAGUUAGUAUGCCUCCUCCACCUGGUGUAAUGCAACCACCUCCACCACCGCCUGGUUCUACAUCUCAACCAAAUAUUCCACCACUGAUGCCUUGGAUGGCUGGAAACAAUCAACCACCGCCACCAGGACAAAUGCCACCGACGCAAAUUCCGCCACCUGGAAUGGGUAUACCACCAUGGCAACAAGGACAACAAGGACCAAUGCGUCCACCUCCACCUGGAACUGCUCCACCACCAGGUUUCCCAGGAUGGCAACCACAACAAAUGGGUGGGUGGCCACCAGCAGCUCCUGUUCCUCCUCCACCACAACAAACACCAGCUCCGCCUGGCAUUGAUCUCAAUACUUUACCAACGUUAUUGGCACAACCACCUCCACCACCCCCACCAACUAGUUAGUGUAAAGAAUCAUCAAAUCGUCUAAUCAAAUCUUCUUUAUUCGUACAAUAGAGGGAUAUUAUCGGUCGUGUCAGUAAAUAGAUUAUAAUAUUGGACUGAAGACAAUUAACUAUUACUUAGUUGGAAUAA